AUGACUGGAGGCGGAGCGUCAAGAGUCAGCUCCGCUCGAUGAGAGAGCCGAGAGGCUGGAAGGGAGCGAGAGGGGCGGAGCCAAUCAGGCUUCCGUCCAAUCCAGGGCAGAGAUUGCGAAGCGCGGGAAGCCCGGGAAGCUCGAGGCCUGCAGCAGCGGGAUGGGGUGGGGCCAAGGAGGCGAGGCGCAACGCGAUUGGCCAGCCGGUUGGGCGCGCGGGGGUUGCAGCUGGGCUUCAAAGCUGCUGCAGCAGAGGCGAGGACGAAGGCGGUAGCGGUGGCAGCUGCGGCACGCGCUCGCUUCCAGGCUUGGAUGUGGGGCCCCAGUGAACACCCAUAUACCCCUGAACGGCCCCAAGGAGGCCCUGGCUUCAGAAUGGGCCCACUCCGCCCCAGUGAGAGAAAAAGGAGGCGAAAUCACACCAAAACGCUUCAAGAGUUAGCCAUGCUACUGCCAAUCUCCCUGCAGGCCAGCAGCAAAAAACUCACUAAGAAGGAGAUUCUCCUCCAUGUUCUGCACUAUAUCGAACACCUCCAGCGAAGCAUCGAUGUGACCAAGUCUCUUCUCUUAUUCCAGCCCACAGACAAAGAAGAACUAAGGGCAGGGGCCAAAGAUCCUCAUCCAUGCCUGGUCCUAGGCAGAGGCCCCUCCCAGCCAGGGAAGCAGCCUGGGGAGGAAUCGACUGCCAACAGAAGCAGAGAAGGAGCUAUGGGGGGAGCGGCUCUCCCCAGGAGAUACCCCACCCCUUGCCAACACCUGGAGUCUUGGUUGCCCGUGUCCCACGGAGGAGCUGAGCUCACACUUCUGGAGAUGGCUGAAGGCAGGGUUCACCUCGGCUUAGCAAGGAGCCAGGCGGAGCUGUUCCCUGUCUCUCUCUCUCUCCCUGCCCCAGACUGUGGUGGAGGACCCAGUGCCCAGGAAGAACAUCCCUGCCCCACCUGCGAGGCCCAGAUGACAGCAGGUAGUGAGUGGCUGACCCCUCACUCCUCGAGUGAGCCUCUGCCCAGGCAGGAGCUGGUGUUCUAUGACUCCUGUGAGGAGAAGGAAGAGGAGGAGGCAGCGGACACAGGGCCUUGGCUCCCAGCCUGGCCCUCCGACAGCAGCUCCCAUGGGAGCCCCUUGGUGGAUUCUUCCAGGACCAGGAGCUGGCCUGGAACUGGCCAGCCUAGUGACGAGCUCGGCCUGAGCCCCUCACUGUUUACCUCUCCGGGGCGACUGCUGCCUGGGAAGAUCCUGCAGGAGGGCACAGAGAGCCUUACCCAAGCUCUCUUUGAAGAUGUCUGCCUGAGUCCACAGUCAUCUUCUUCUUCUGCCAGCCUGGCUAGGGCACCACAGAAGAGACCAACAGACCCUGCUCCAUCAGCCUCUGGUGGCUCUCCCCACUCCCUCAACCUCUUCCAGUCAGCAUUCUCCCUAGACCACUGUUACCUCUCGCUGAGUGAGACCAGCAAGACUGACUCCAGCCCCAGCUCAGGGGUGAGUGAACUGGUGUCCCUGUGGAACAGACAGCAGGAGGAGGACUCCCAGUCCACCCUAGAUGGCUUCCUGUCCUCUAGUGAUGAGGAUGAUGACUGUACCUGGACCCCCACCAAGCGUGCCUCCCCUCUGCCCACCCCUGGGAGGAAGCGGAAGAGGGGCCAGGCAGGGGGCAGCAGCAGAGGCCCUGGGAAACACAAGGAGAGCAAGAAGGCGGGCUGUCCUUUCCAGCUGAAGAAGAAAUGUGUCAAUGGCUUCAUCAUGUUCUGUCGCCUCAACCGCAAACAGUACAUUGAAGCCUGCCCCGGCACAGCAUCCACUGAGGCUACCAAGGAGCUGGCACACCUGUGGCGGGUGAUGACCAAGCAGGAGAGGAGGCCGUACUGGUGUGACCCUUCCCAUAGCAUCAAGGCCCGGAGGUUCAGCCGCCAGCACAACAGGAUUGUCAGACAGAAUUGUUCCAGCGAGGAGGAUGACCGCUUGUCCCCCAAGCCCUUCCACCUGCUCCUGGCAGAGAAAGCCCUGUGCUCCCCAAGCCUGGAGGGCACAAGCUCCCCUUUGGAGGACCCCCUCUCUGACAGCCCGGAGUCUCUGUGAAGCAGUGACUGUCCCCCCUACUCUGACCCCAGGGUGGCCAGCGGGGGAGGGGGCCUUUGCCUCUCC